CUCUCUCUUCCUCCUUUUCUCUCUCUCUCGCUCUCUCUGUCUGUGGCUCGGCCCCGUUUCCCGCUUUGGCUGUGGUGUAGGGGGAAGUGUUUAUAUGGGGGAUGAUGACAGAGGUCGGGUCGCGCUAAUGGGCCAGUGAAGAGCUGCGGAGGGAGGCGAGGCGCACACAGCAGACCAGGAACACAUACAUUAAUACACUUGUUCCAUCACCAAUCAGCAUAGGUGUGUUCAUUCUCUUACCCCCACCUCCUUCUACCACCACCGCCACUCUCCCUCCCUCCCCUCUCUCGCUCUCUUUUCUCUUCCCCACUCUCUCUCUUUCCGACUCUCUCAUUCGCUCUCUCACACGCCAGCGCACAUCCUCGCCAAACUCCGUGCGUCCUGACAUCUGAGUUCACUGUCAAUCUCUGUCCACUUCGCAGGGAUAUCCCCUCCGUCUCCGCCGAAGACCACUGGAAACUAAUUUUUCCUCUUCUAAACUUACGAGAGAGACUGAUCCUGGUCGGCUUUUUUUUCUCUUUUUGUGGUGUGGAGAACUAGGCUGAAGCCUAUAGUUUUCCCAGGACUUUGACAACGACGCAGGAUGCCCCAAAAAGAAUACCACAACCAAGCCACGUGGGAGUCUGGCGUAGCCUCAAUGAUGCAGAACAAGGUGUAUGACAUCUGUGAUGAAGGUCACAGUGGCGUAAACCAGCUUGGUGGUGUGUUUGUUAAUGGUAGACCGCUGCCGGAUUCCACCAGGCAGAAAAUAGUUGAACUUGCUCACAGUGGCGCUCGACCCUGCGACAUCUCCAGGAUACUGCAGGUAUCCAACGGCUGUGUGAGCAAGAUCCUGGGUAGAUAUUAUGAAACUGGCUCCAUAAGACCGAGAGCAAUAGGCGGCAGCAAGCCCAGGGUCGCCACUCCAGAGGUGGUCGCGAAAAUCGCGCAGUACAAGCGGGAGUGCCCGUCUAUCUUUGCGUGGGAGAUCCGUGACAGACUUCUGUCGGAGGGGAUCUGCACCAACGACAAUAUACCCAGUGUGUCAUCGAUAAACAGAGUCCUCCGCAACCUGGCUAGUGAAAAGCAACAGAUGGGCGCAGAUGGCAUGUAUGACAAGCUGAGAAUGCUCAACGGUCAGACAGGAACUUGGGGGACCCGGCCCGGCUGGUACCCCGGAACAUCAGUGCCAGGGCAGCCCAACCAAGAUGGUUGUCAACAGCAGGACGGUGCAGGAGAAAACACAAACUCCAUCAGCUCGAACGGGGAGGAUUCAGAGGAGACACAGAUGCGUCUGCAGCUCAAGAGGAAACUACAGAGAAAUCGCACGUCCUUCACACAGGAGCAAAUUGAAGCUCUGGAAAAAGAAUUUGAAAGAACUCACUAUCCAGAUGUUUUCGCGCGAGAGAGACUAGCAGCGAAAAUCGACCUGCCCGAAGCAAGAAUACAAGUAUGGUUCUCAAAUAGAAGAGCAAAGUGGAGGCGAGAGGAGAAGCUGCGGAACCAGCGCCGGCAGGCCAACAACUCCUCCAGUCACAUCCCCAUCAGCAGCAGCUUUAGCACCAGCGUCUACCAGGCCAUCCCACAGCCCACUACACCGGUGUCUUUCACCUCGGGGUCAAUGCUGGGUAGACCUGACUCUGCACUUACAAACACCUACAGUGCGCUGCCCCCCAUGCCCAGCUUCACCAUGGCAAACAAUCUACCUAUGCAACCCAGCCAGACCUCCUCUUAUUCCUGCAUGCUGCCUACCAGUCCGCCUGUGAAUGGGCGGAGCUACGACACAUACACGCCCCCUCAUAUGCAGGCACAUAUGAACAGCCAAUCAAUGACCACUUCUGGUACCACCUCAACAGGACUCAUCUCUCCUGGAGUUUCUGUCCCUGUCCAAGUCCCAGGGAGCGAGCCUGACAUGUCUCAGUACUGGUCAAGACUACAGUAGAGAGAAGAGCUACUUCACCCUGUAACCACCCACUCCACCAUCGCCCUCCGGCAGUGCUCCUCACAUAUACACGGCACAGGAGAUUAGAGAAGGCGAGAGGGGGUUGAGAAGAGGCAAAGGACAGGAGAGGAGAGGACGAAAGAAAGAAAGACUCUGGGAGAGCCUUGGGACGUCUGGGCUUUGUUUUUCCACUGGGACUGUAUGCUGUUCUGUAGCUCUAGGCACAUUCAAACGAGGACUUGGAAGACAGAACGAUGAUAGAAAGACCGGGGGGAAAAAAUGGACCUCUGUAAAGUGACCGGUGUUAAAUUUUUAUGGAACAAAAACUUAUCUGUUUUUUUUUCUAUUUCCAACUUCAGUCAUUGUUUCCUUUUUUUCUCUGGUGUGUUAGUAAAUGGCCAUUUGUAUGUUAAUAUGAAAAACCAAGAUCAAGUACUGAUAGAUGGACUGCUAGAAAACCAUGUUGGUCUUGUGUUUGUUUGCGAGAGGAGAACCGGAGAUUCUGCCAUGACUAUCUUUUAAAUCUGCUUAUAUCGAGACUUUCUACCAGCCUUUGCAUGGUCUCUGGACGGUGUUGCAUAUCAUUAAAGACGAAAAAGCUGGAGGGAAGACUCUUACUGUGUCAAAAAAACAGCAACUAUUUAUUGGUUUCAUUUCCUACGAAUGGAUAUUUAGCAGAGGCAACUCAAACUCGAUCCACCCACUGAGGCUGUGGUCUUGACUCCUCUGACAAGGGCCUGCGUUUGCUGGCUUCCUAAACACGGAUCACUAUCAACAGCUCAAAGUGUGCAAAGACCGUGCGACAUGAAACACAACUUGGACCUCUCGCUUCGGUGGUUGGAUUGACUCUAGAUUACCACGAAGAACAUUAAAUGUGGAAAACAGGUGUAAAACAAAACCUGUAGUCUGUAAAUGGUAGACUGCGUCUUUGAUAUAAUCCAGUUUGUUUAUGUCAAAAUGUAAAGUACUUGUCUUCCCUAGAAAUCUUCCAGAAAGAUUUCUCCAAUAAAGUUGAUUUCAUUUAUAUCCCCGAGAAUAUUCUAUAAAUGUUCCAUGCAUCAUGAAAUACAUUUCUUUAGGGUCAGGUACAAUUUGUCUCUUAGGUAUAGUUGUAUUAUAGUGUCCUAUGGUCAAAAAAAAUUUGUGCAACUAGAAAUAUUUAAUUACUAUAAUUAUGAUUAAACAUUGCUUGACAGAGUUUUAAACUUAAGUGUUUGGCAGUUGUUUACAAGUACAUAUCAGAUUUAAUCAUUGUUGAUUGUAAAACAGACCAAAGCCUUUGUAUUUCAUCUAGUACACAGUGUUUUUUUAAGAUAUUAGUCUUGUGUUGCAAAAUUUUGUAAACACGUUCUGUUCGAUUACAUUGGCUUCGAGUUCGUUAGACUGCAGUCGAACCCCGCAGUCCUUAUUUAUAAUUGAAGACCAUGGGAGGGUUUUUCUAGCAUCAUCUGUCAUGCUCUUUUGAGUUUUGCAUUUUUAUUUCAGUGUGUACGUAGAACAUGGACACACACUGGGUUUACGUCUGAGCAAUGCUUCUGAGAUAAAAAAAAAAAAACGUCUACACGCUGUCUCUUAAAUAUUUCAAUUUAAUUUUAUUUAAAAUGGAGCUUUCUAAAUGUAUUUUGUGAAAACUAUAAAACAUUUUGUACAGUAAAAAUUGUGUCUUAAAGAAAGCCUUUUUGCCUGUUCAAUGCUGUGUCUUAUACAAUGUCAAUCUUUACUGAG